CGGCAAAAGCAGCGGCGGCCUAGAAAACGAAGGCCACGAGGAGGGAGAAAGAAAGAAAGAAAGAAAGGGCGAAGCGGACGCGUCCAAGAAGAACCCAAAUCCCAAGCUCGCGCAGGGGCAAGGGCGAGGGCGAGCUCCCCCACCACCAUUUUUUUCACCUUGUCCCCACCCACCCAGCCACCCACCUCGAACGCUCCUCCAUCCACCUGGUUGGGAGUUUGGGGCCCCGUGAUGGCGCUGCCGCGCGGCUGGAGACGAGCGGCGGCGGCGGCUCGAGGCGGCGAGGAGCGGAGGCCGUGACGGUCGUGAACUCCGACGACGCACAAGAUGACAUUCUGACCACCGCGCGCUAACUUCACAGAGGGUGAGAACCCCUUCUGUGUUGAUUCUUUUUCUUGGCCUAGAAGUAUUCCGGUUAAAUAUGCCAAGAUCCGAAUCAGACAGGGAUGAUAUUUUCUUUGAUGCAUUUGAUGAUAUUUCAUCAACAAGGGAGCCCUCGUUGUCAGAUGACUGCAGCACAAGUGAUGAAGGAUUAGCAUCAAGGAGAUUUGAGUACGAUAUUUGGGCAAACGAGCCAAUUAGUGUUGAAGAAAGGCGGCAAAAGUUCCUGAAGGGAAUGGGGUUUGAUGAAUUUGUUGCUACCAAAGUGGAUUUUUCUCAAUACCAGGGAGAAAUUACGACUGCUGGCUCUUGCUCUGACUUGGAGGAGGGUAGUACCAGAGACAUUUCUUCUCUGGAUUCAUCUGUCCCUGAGAAUGAAUCACUUUCUGAUGGCUCCUGUUGCAUAAGGCAUCUUGACAAUGGUCAGAGAUAUGCAGUUCAGAACGAUGGAUACGGUGAAUUAACUAGCGUGCUUAAGGAGGUCGCGUCACAUAAGGUGAUGUCUCUUCUAGAGUUUGAGGGCUUCCCAGGCAUUUCUCAGUCUGUUCAGAAGUUAUUGCGAAAGCUGUAUAGCAGCUCCUUGGAAGAAAAAGGUAGAACGCUUAAUGGUAAGAAAAAGGGUAUCAAGAGCUUGUGUAAGAGCUUCGUAAAAAACAGGAGUUUUGGUGGAAUUUGCAAGUACGAUGUCAAUGUAAAAAGCUGUACAACAGGCACACCAUCCAGAACAAGAGUCCAAUAUCGAAAGAAAAAAAUUGUGGAAUUUUCUGCUGUCCAAUUGGGUCAAGAAAUCCAAGCUCACAAGGGUAUAAUUAAAGUCAUGAAGUUCAGUCCAUCAGGCUGGUAUUUAGCAACUGGUGGUGAGGACUGUGUUGUACGAAUAUGGCAGAUUAUGGAAGUGGAAACGUCUUCCAAGUUGUUUGGAGACAAACCUUAUGACUAUGAGGAUAAAAUUACAGUCAUCAAAACAAAGCUAGGAAGGGGGCAGAAUCAUGCCCUUGCAGUACUGCCCAAGAAAGCUUUCCGUAUUUCAGAGACCCCAUUACAUGAAUUCCAAGGCCACACAGAUGAUAUCCUUGAUAUGGCAUGGUCAAAGUCAGAUCACCUCUUGACCUCAUCAAAAGAUAAGACGGUUCGCUUGUGGAAAGUUGGCUGUGAUGGUUGUCUUGCAUUGUUCAAACACAAAGACUAUGUGACAUGUGUUCAAUUCAACCCUAUCGAUGAAAGAUACUUCAUCAGUGGUUCAGUAGAUGGAAAAGUUCGUGUUUGGGAUGCAAUGGACAAGAGAGUUGUUGACUGGGUUGAUACACGGAAGAUCAUAACUGCUCUUAGUUACCAACCAGAUGGAAAGGGUUUUAUUGUUGGCACUACUUCUGGAGAAUGCCGCUUUUACAAUCAAUCUGGUGAUAACAUCCAACUAGACAAAGAAUUGCUUAUGCAAGGGAAGAAAUCUGCAGUCCAUCGGGUCAACAGUCUGCAGUUAUGUACAAGCGAUUCAUCUAGGAUUACAAUCACAUCUACGGGUUCCAAAAUUCGAGUUGCUGAUGGUGCUGAUAUCAUCCAAAAGUUUAAAGGGCCUUGGAAUCUGAAGGCUCUCUCUUCACCAUCUUUAACAUCAGAUGGAAGAUAUCUCAUAUCUGCUGGAUUGGAUUCCAAUGUCUACAUCUGGAACUUUGAUGUUACAAGCAUCGCCGAGCAGAAAGGCGAGGCUAAAUCGGUUCGCUCCUGCGAGAAGUUCUUCUCCAAGGACGUGACAACCGCGGUACCAUGGCCUGGUGUGCAUCAAGAAAGACGGGCGAAGAUGACUCCCAGCCUGACUGAAGAACCUGUCAGUUCACCCAUUUUGCACCGACAAGGGGAGCGCCGUUCCCCUUCAGCGCGGUGUUUCACUGACAGCAUGAAGGGAAUUCCGACAUGGCCGGCGGAGAAGCUUCCUUCUGCCAAAACUGCUGAUGCCUCACGGCUAUCUGACUGUCUCUCCACGAUCUCGCCGGCAUGGAACACGGUGAUAGUGACUGCAAGUCGAGAUGGGGUGAUCCGGUCCUACCACAACUACGGCUUGCCUGUGAGAUUGUGAUCAGUGUCAGAGGCAAGAACAAUCAGCCUGGUAUAGUCUGACUGAGUGUGCGAGUGUGUGUGUGUGUGUGUUCGCUGAAGAAGCUACGGAAAGUUGUAGCUUUGGUGAUAGCCUGCUAACACGGUGAAGCUUUUUUGUUGGUAGAUGGUAGGAAGGUGACGGGAGAAAUUUUUUUUGUGCUACGAAUUCAGAAUCUGAACUUGUGGUGCUUGUGCAAAUGAGGUGAUCAAUCCAAAUGCGUUUUCCCCCUCUU